AUGCCCAGAAUCUCUCUCUCUCUCUCUCUCUCUCCAUCCAUCCCACCUUCAUGUUUCUUUGCUCUUUUCCCAGGUCUGGCGCUCCAUCAGAUUAUCACCAUCACCGUCUCGCUCAUCAUGGUCAUCGCCGCGCUGAUCACGACCCUCGUCUUAAAAAAUUGCUGUGCGCAGAGGGGGAACGCCCGUCGGAAUGGCCACCAGCGGAAAAUUAAGCAGCAGGAAGAGAGUUGCCAAAACCUGACGGACUUUACUCCGGCCAGAGUGCCCAGCAACCUGGACAUCUUCACGGCCUACAACGAAACCCUGCAGUGUUCGCACGAGUGCGUGAGGACGCCCGUCCCGAUGUACGCUGAGGAGACGAUACUCUCCCCGGGAGACUACAAGACCUCCUUCAAUGGAAACAGGGGGUCUUCCUCGGACCGCCAUCUAAUCCCUGUGGCCUUCGUAUCGGAAAAAUGGUUUGAGAUCUCGUGUUGACCGGCCAAACUCUGUUUUUAACUUCCUGGAGGGGCAGCCAGAAGCCGCGCAGCCAUUCCAUGGUAAGUCCCUUCUCUAGCAGUAUUGAUUUAAAAAAUGAAAAAAUUCUAGAUAUCCUGUUGGAUCUGAUGAACCUUCUCUCAUGGGACCUU